UGCCGCAGCCCCCGCGCAAGUCCCCUGCGCAAGUGAAUUGAGGAGGGCUAUUUGAUUCUACACAAAUCCCGUGCUUUCCGAUUGAAUUUCACGUGCGAAGCGUUUAAGCGCUAUAAGCGUCCGGGUAACUUGGCUCUUCCCAACAUUCCUCGCCGACUUUCUGUUCGAGCACACAAUGUCACUGUCGUUCAAAGGGCAUACUGUUGUUAUUACGGGCGCUGGUGGUGGCCUCGGCAAAGCGUAUUCACUUCUCUUCGCAGCUAGAGGCGCGAACGUCGUCGUCAACGACGUCAGUCAGGAUGCUGCACAGAAGGUAGUGGAUGAAAUCACGAGGGCUGGUGGAAAGGCAGUUGUAAACACGUCGUCCGUCGCCGACGGUGCUGCCGUUAUUAAAACCGCACUUGAUGCAUUUGGCGGUGUAACAAUUCUCAUCAAUAACGCUGGAGUUCUACGUGACAAAGCGUUCAAGAAUAUGUCGGAUGGAGAUUGGGGCCUAGUCACUCUCGUACACCUGAAGGGCGCAUACGCAUGUACAAAAGCAGCCUGGCCAAUUUUCCGCCAACAAAGGUUUGGCCGGAUCAUCAAUACUGCGAGCGCGGCUGGAUUGUACGGAAAUGUUGGGCAGGCUAACUACAGUGCAGCGAAGAUGGGACUCGUUACAUUCUCACGGACUCUCGCGCUCGAAGGUGCUAAAUACAAUAUCCGCGCGAGCACUAUAGCCCCGAUGGCGGCAAGCAAGAUGACAGAAACCAUUAUGCCACCUGAUAUGCUUGCAGGCUUGAAACCAGAGUUCGUUGCACCGUUCGUGGCUGCACUGUGCCACCCUGACGCUCCUGACGCGUCAGGACGUGUCUUCGAGGUUGGAGCCGGUUUCAUCGCGGAGAUUCGCUGGGAGCGUAGUAAAGGAGCCGUAUUCCGGAUAGAUCCAUCAUACACACCUAGUGCGAUUAAACAAUGUUGGGAUGAAAUUACAGACUUUGCGGGCGCAGAUCACCCGGCACACCUAAGAGACUUUGAUCCUAUCUCAAAGCUGAAGGAGGCAACGAGCAAAAAGAAGGCGAAUCCUCAGUCAUCUCCGGAGGUCCGUUUCGACGGCAAGACGGUCAUCGUUACCGGCUCAGGAGCAGGCCUCGGACGUGCUUACGCAUUGAUGUACUCUAGGCUCGGUGCAAACCUCGUCAUCAACGAUGUUAGUGAGAAAAAUGCCAAUUCUGUUGUGGACGAGAUACGUAAAGCUGGAGGCCAGGCUGUCCCUGCUGUCCAUUCCGUCGAAGACGCCGGUGCAAUCGUCAAGGUUGCACUUGAUGCGUUUGGCUCUGUCCAUGUUCUGGUGGCGAAUGCCGGUAUCUUGCGCGAUAAGUCGUUUACCGCGAUGUCGGAACAAGAGUGGGACGCCGUCAUAGCCGUCCACCUCAGGGGAACAUACAAAUGCGCAAAAGCGGUUUGGCCUGUCUUCCAGAAGCAAAAGUAUGGCCGUAUUGUGACGACUUGCUCUCAAGUCGGCAUUUAUGGCAAUUUCGGACAAGCAAACUACUCGACGGCAAAAGCCGCAAUUCUUGGUUUGACGCGCACACUUGCGUUGGAGGGCAGUCGGUAUAAUAUCCUAGCAAACUGUCUUGCACCACAGGCUGGUACAGCUAUGACUAGCACAAUCUGGCCUCAAGAGAUGGUUGAAGCCUUUAAACCGGAUUAUGUCGCACCUAUGGUCGGCUAUUUGACGAGCGAAGCAAACGAGGAGACGUCUGGAGGCCUCUUUGAAGUGUCAGGUGGCUGGGCGGCGCAAACUCGCUGGCAACGUGCAGGUGGUCACGGAUUCCCCGUGAAUAAGCCCUUGACCCCUGAGGCAAUCAUCGACAAGUGGAACGUUUUCACGAACUUCGAUGAUGGACGUGCAACGCAGCCAACGACGACACAGGAAGCAAUCCAGCAGAUCAUUGAGAACUUCUCAAACGACGGGUCUGAUACUGGCAGCGGUUCCAGCACAUAUGCUGACUCCGAGGACUCAGAACUUGUUGCGAACGCGAAGAAGGAAGAACUCGAGCCGUAUGAAUUCAACUAUACCGAACGCGAUGUCAUUCUGUACAAUCUCGGUAUCGGUGCAGAGGCGACGGAGCUGCAAUGGGUCUUCGAGAACCAUGAUUCCUUCUCAGCACUACCGACUUUCGGCGUCGUCCCUCAAUUCCCUGCGAGUUCGUCAGUGCCCCUUGAUUGGCUUCCGAAUUUCAACCCUGCAAAAUUACUUCAUGGCGAGCAGUACCUUGCAAUCAAAGGUCCGAUCCCGACAAGUGGGAAGAUGAUUAGUAAACCGAGACUCCUGGAAGUGCUUGAUAAAGGCAAAGCAGCAGCUGUUACAUCGAUAGUUGAGACUAUCGACCAGGCUUCCGGGAAAGUCGUCUUCGAGAACCAGUCCACUGUCUUCAUACGAGGAAGCGGUGGAUUCGGAGGAAAGAAAACUGGAUCAGAUCGAGGGCCAGCUACAGCGGCAAAUACACCGCCGAAACGCGCACCCGAUGCCGUUGUCGAAGAGAAGACGAGCCCGUCACAGGCUGCGCUGUAUCGACUGAGCGGUGACUUGAACCCCCUACAUAUCCUUCCGGAGUUUGCUGCUGUUGGUGGAUUCGACAGACCUAUUCUUCAUGGCCUGUGUUCGAUGGGUAUUUCAGGCAAACACAUUCUCAAGACGUUCGGUCCGUACGAUGAUAUCAAAGUUCGCUUCGCGGGAGUCGUGUACCCCGGUGAGACACUUGUCACGGAGCUGUGGAAGGAGGGAAAUAAGGUGAUCUUCACAACGAAAGUCAAAGAACGCGGGACGACCGUUUUGGCUGCGGCGGGUGCGACACUCUCACCUUCAGUGUCUGCAAAAGCGAAACUGUAAUAAGAGACUUAUCUUCAAUCUUGACUCAUUUGUACUACGAUUAACAGUGCAUUCAUAUAAUACUUCUCGAAAUCCAUGCCGU